AUGGCUGGUAAACCAAAGAAAAAAGAAGAUGAAGACGACGGUGACAGUAAAAAAGAAGAAAAGAAAACCAAAAAGAAAGGAAAAAAUAAAGGAAAAUGUAAUGUGGACAUGUUGACAGAAGCUGCGAUGAAUAAUGUAUACUAUGCUUGUCAUAAUGUUCAGGAGUUACUUCAGGCGAGGGGUUUCCAUCCUCCUGACUUUGUUAAGAAGAAGAAGAAGCGAUAG